AUGCCUGUUCUGGCUUCUGGAGCGGCAACGCACUGCUGGACUGCGACCUCGUUUGUCCACGAAGACUGGCAGCAGGAGGGAAGCAGCGGCGGGGAAGAGCAGCGCCAACCCCCGCUGCUGACGUGCCAGCCGGAGGCGGGGCACAGAGUGCCGGGGCCAUCACGCUCAUUGUCCCGGUGGCUUCUUCAUUUUCCUUACAAGGCUGAAUAUUUUCACACGUGUGUAAUCAUUCAGGAGAGCAUUCUGUUGCCUGGAAACUCCACUACAGAGACAGGGACUCCUGAGCCGUCCCAGGCCUCCGCUGAGGCCGCUGCCGCUGCUUUCUCUCAGGGCACAAGUCAGCUGCUGUACAUCAGGAUGUCGGCUAUGCACUGGGAGGCCAGGCGGCGUCAGAGUGUUCUGGACCGCAGGAUGGCCAGAGACAAACAGCAGCUGUUGCAGGGUUCUGAGACCAGCUGCAAUGCAACCGACUCAAACACAACACAAGAGCAAACAGCUGGAGGCCAGUGUCCCCACUGUAAGGGCGACCUGAAGACACCUGUCCAUCACAGGACCAAGAUCCCCAACAGAUCCUCAUCUUUGCAGUACACCCAGCAGUGGUGAGGAAGAUGAGGAACAGCACUGUUCUGACAGCCUCGCUGGAUUACUGGACCACGUUUGGAAGCUCUGAACAGCAGCUCUGCAUUUGGUUCUGUUGAAACUGCAUCAGCAUGAAAUUAUUAUUGUGGCUCUAUAAUAAGUUAAUAGGAUGAAUCUAAAAACACGCCUUCUCAGUCGCUUUUCCUGAAACUCUAACGUCAUUCUCCAAAAGAGGAGCCAGGACAGUGACUUUAGAUCAAAAAUAAAACUUGGCGUUGAAAACAAAACCUGAAGUGAAAAAGGAAACAUUGGCAUUGAAGCACUUGUACUGGAUAAAGUUGUAUUGGCACUAAAAAAAAAGUUUCACUGAAAAAUAAAACAGGCAUUAAACA